AUGUCAGACCUACCCAGCAGCUCCCUUAGAACUCGCCGCCAAAAGACUUUUCUUCGAAACAUCCGCGCUCAACCAAGUUACACCGAGGACGACGCCAUAACUCCGUGCCCCAUCGAAAUCGAAAUCAAAUCUAGUCUAGACAAAGACGACCACCGACCAUCACUCUCCAGAUCGUCCUCCUUCAGCUCACUACGCAGCACACGAUCCUCCUCCUUGCGAUCCAGCAUCGAAGAAAACAUGAUGAGAGACUACAACAACAUCGACACCCAGCUGCUCUGGCGGCGCAUGCUUGCCAUUCAACGCACCUUUGGCUGCUACAACUCGACACGGAUGCAACUUGCGAUUGAGAUGGGCGAGCAGAACGCUUCUGUCCCGUCACGAGUAUGUCUAGACUUACUCAACGACAGCAUCGACAACCUCCCUAGCGACAUCAAGCACCGUAUCGAAGAUUUCUUGGCCUGCGAAGAUGUCUCUAAUAGACAUAAUAGGUCUUCGUCAUCAUCUUGCAGGACCAGGAGGAAGUGGAGUUGGAGACAUCUUUUGCAUGCUUGA